AUGCGGCGCCUGUAUCGCAUGUGUAUUGUUGUAAUUCUUUUCGGUUUAGGUUGGGAGAAACUUUUGACGCCUGAACCUUUAUCUUUGGUUCUCCCUGAGAACUACUCACAGGAAGGAUUGAGCGGUUUAUAUGGCUCGGGGAGAAAUCUUAAUCAUACCGAGACCAGAAUGCUUUAUUCUUCCAUUGUAUAUAAUCUUAAAAAUGACACGGAUGGUGCGUUUGCAAUAUUAGCCGCUGCUGACCGAGCAAUGCUCUGUAGCGCUAUAAGGUGGCAAAUCCGACUAUAUGCGCGCUCAAGGGAUGGAUCGUAUUUCGUCCCAUGGGUAACUGACGUUGUGCUUCAGUUAAGGGAUGCGUAUGUUCACUCCUUCAAAUACAUCAUUCAAAGUAUUGUCAGCGAUAUAACCGAUUCAGUCAGCGGUGGUGUGUCGUUCCGCCGCACGUUACUGGUGGUCAAGCAGAUGCGUGUAUGUUUCUUUUCACCUGUCAAUUCGACGGGCUGCCCGUCGUAUUCGUUUCUUCGCAAUGUUAGAGAGAAAACGGACGCUGAUAUUAUAGCCUCGUGUGCAACGACAGAUCCUAGUUACAAUACCCAUUUGUAG